GAAUUGUCUGAGAUGUACAGACCGGAAGUUUUAGUUUCUAUCCUUAAAAGAAGUCAAGACAAAUUACAAAACCUUCCUAAUAGUGAACCAUGUACACAAAGGCAGAAAUUGAUUUAGAAACUCAAUUAGAUAAGAUAUUUGGAUUGCUCAGUGCAGAAGUAAAGAUAAUUGCACACUUGACAGAGGAAGAAAUACAAAAAUGGGUUCAGCAGUCAGGAAUAACAUUAGUGAAACAAAUUGAAAGUGACCAUUACACUGUCCAUGGAAGCUGGAAAUCCCUGCUAAGAGCAAGAUCAUAUCUGGAAAGUAAAUUCAAGGAAGAGGAACCAGUAGAAAACAUAUCGAGUGAAAUUCGCGAUGGAAUGUUAAGUGGUAAAGAUGAUGUGAUGCAUGAAACUCUUAGUGAUACUAGAGGAGAGACAAGUGACCUGAAUGAUGAGUGUUUAGUCAACCCUGACACGGAGCAGAUUGAAAUUGAAGACAGCCAAUAUACAUGUACUGAUGGUGUGAUUAAAGCGUUUCUCUGUAAAGUAUGCAAGGUGCAGUAUCAGACAUUCUCUCAGUUGGAUGAUCACAAUCAAGAAAAACAUGAUCUUUUUACAUGUGAUAUUUGCUUGAAGACAUAUGCAAAGAAACGGUAUGUGCAACAACACAAAAAGAGGCACACUCAAGAGAAAAAGUUCCAGUGUGGUGUUUGUGGAUUCAAAUUUUUUGAACAGAGCAAAUUGAAAAGUCACAUGGAAAUUCACAAACCUGCUGCAGAAAGAGAACUUCCUUACAAAUGUAGUGUGUGUAUGAAACAGUUUCACAACCGGACAGGCUGGACAGAACAUAUGAACACACACACUGGUCAAAAACCUUAUAAAUGCUCAGUAUGUAAUUCAGAAUUUGCCCACAGUAGUGCUCUGAAAAGACAUGAAGCAUCCCAUAUUCCAUACGAACCAGUAAAAUGUGACCUCUGUGGUAAAAAAUUUAGAUACCCAGAUAAAUUAAGAGCUCACAUGAUUCUCCAUACAGGUGAAAGAAAAUAUGCCUGUCAGUGUGGGAAAAUUUACACAACUUCCAAUUCCCUGAAACGCCACCAACAGACUUGUAGUGAUGCAAAUCCAAUGUUAUCUCAGAAAGUCAAUGUGUACCAAGCACCUGCAACUCAGGAUAUCCUGUACAUGUGUGGAUUAUGUGAAAAGCAGUUUGAUUCUCUGGAGAAUGCCGAGUCCCACCUCUGUAGUAGUUGUCAAUAAAUAAUGUUUUAAUGGAA